AUGGACUCACUGAUGGCGAAGAUCAACGAAUCUCCACUGAAACAGAGAUGGACGAGCAUUUGUAAGAACAAAUUAUUGCGGUUUGCGGUUGGUGAGUUGUUUGGGUCUUAUAUUCUUUUAAUGGGGACACAAGCGUCUGGCUUUGGGAAAUAUGGGAUUGUGGCCGGUGGUCUCUCCUGUUUCUUCACGCUUUCAGUCUUAAUAGAAAUACUUGCGCCGGUCUCUAAUGCGCAGUUGAACCCUGCCAUCACCCCACUCUUCUAUUUAUUUAGAGGACAAACGUUAUACCAAUCGUUAGUGUCUAUUGCUGCACAAUUUAUAGGUGGGUUUAUGGGAGUGUUGACACUCAAUGGAUUCUAUACUGACAAAUUGAUAGUCUUCUCUAACGUGGAACACUCGUUUAAAUUGGCAAUUUCGGAGUUCAUAGGAUCGACUCUAUUAGGCUUUGUAUUGAUGAUAGCAACACAUCGGAAGAAACAUAUCCCUUUCUUAGUUGCAGGUAUUAUCACUGCAGGCGUGUUCAUCAUCCCAUCAUGUAUGAUAGUCAAUCCUAUGAUCACGGUCAUGAGAAUGUUCAUGAAUGUCACUUUCUCAAUUAAUCCGUUAAUGGUGCUCUAUGUGUGUAUCGCUGAAUUUCUUGGAUUUUUUGUUGGCGCCAUUUUAGCGGAGUUUGUUGUUGUGGAGGGCGAAAAGGAUUUGUACUCUAACAUCGAUGAAGAGACUCCAAAUACGGAAAAUAAGAUGAAACCAAUCGGUGAAUUGCCGGAUGAGCCAAUCGAGUUGCCUAAUAUUGAAAAGGCGGCUAUCAUCAAUGAUGAUACCAAGACUCAAGUUUCUAAUCAAAUUUCUUGA